GGACCUAUUCUUCAAGUGUCAUUGAUGCGGAAAAAACUCCCCAAUCAACAAAAGGUACAUAAUAAAACUUUUUUCAAGAAAUAAUAAUAACAGUAGCUCCCAUUUUCUAUUAAAGAAGCCUGUUUUAAUUUCUUUACUCCUCAGAAAGACAGACACAAAAAUGUUUAUUCUAUGAUCAACCAAACAAUUCACAAGAUCCUUCCCACUUGUAUUUUCCAGCCACUGCCCACCUCCAUUCUUGCCUACAUAAAAAUCAAAGUCAUCUCCUAAAAUUCAUGGGAAUGAAGAAUGAUGCCUUACUACCAAACUUCAUGUUCAAGCAGUGGCUCAAAUUUAGAUUCACAGCCAAGUUUUCAUUCAGUUCCUUCAAUCAAUUCACUAUCUCAUGAUCAGAGUUUAUGUCUUAAUCUUGACACUCACCAUCAAUGCAUAGCCACUGUUAAGGGAGAGAAUUCCUAUACAUCUUCCCUUGUACUUGCAGGGAAAUUCCUUUUUACUGGCUCUUCUGAUAAAGAAAUUUGUAUGUGGGAGCAAAGAGCUCUAAUUUCCACAUUAGAUGCUAGUAUAAUUGACACAGUUAUAGCAGGGAAAGGUGCAGUGAAGUCCCUAGUAAUUUUGGCUGAUAAGGUCUUUAGUGCUCAUCAAGAUCACAAAAUCAGAGUCUGGAGAAUCGUAAACCAUAAUUCAGAUACUCCAAAAAUUGUUCAUUUGUCCACUCUCCCAAUAAUUAGUGACAGAGCCCUUAAAUUUAUGAUACCAAAGAACCACGUUCAGAUCAGGCGCCACAAGAAAUCCACAUGGGUGCAUCAUGUUGACACAGUCUCAGCACUAGCCCUUUCGAACGAUGAGUCGUUCCUCUACUCUGUUUCAUGGGAUCGAACACUUAAAAUUUGGCGAACCAACGAUUUUAAAUGCUUGGAGUCAGUAGCAAAUGCACAUGAUGACGCUAUCAACGCUCUAGAAAUAUCACAUGAUGGGGAUGUCUUUACGGGAUCAGCUGACAAGACAAUCAAGAUUUGGAGAAAGGGAUUUGAAGAGAAAAAACAUUCACUAGUUUGUACACUAGAAAAACACAAAUCUGGUGUAAAUGCACUAGCAGUUGGGAGAAGUAGUACUCAUUCUGUUUUAUAUUCGGGUGCUUGUGAUAGGUCAAUAUUAGUAUGGGAGAAGGAUGAAGGCGGUGACAUGGUGCUGGUGGGUGCACUGAGGGGUCACAAAAAGUCCAUAUUGUGUCUGGCUGUGGUUGCAGAUUUGGUGUGCAGUGGUUCAGCAGAUAAAACAGUGAGAGUGUGGAGAGGGGUUGAGAGAUGCUACUCUUGUCUUAGUGUUAUUCAAGGACACAGUGGACCAGUGAAGUGCUUGACUGUGACUAGUGAUCAACAACUUCCAUCUGAUACAACUUCUUGUUAUGUCCUAUACACUGCUAGUCUAGAUGGUGAAACCAAGGUUUGGAAGAUUUUUGUUCCACUUCUAUAAAGG